AGAGGUGCGCCCCCGUGCGGCAGACUCUGCCGCGUGUAGAGGACAAACUGGAGGUGUGUGCCACCCACCCGCACUGACUACAGUACCGCUGUAGUUAAUAAGCUCAACUCCCUCCAUUAUCUGUUAGUGUUCAACAAAACAGCAGCCGUGCCCCGCCGCGCCCCCACCCCCAGCGGAGCCGUCAUGUGGCAGGAGGCCCGCAAACAUGAGCGCAAGCUUCGCGGUAUGAUGGUUGACUACAAACGCAGAGGCGAGAGACGGCGAGAAUAUUAUGAAAAGAUUAAAAAAGAUCCAGCCCAAUUUCUUCAGGUCCAUGGUCGUGCUUAUAAGAUCCAUCUAGAUCCUGCUGUGGCUCUAGCAGCAGAAAGUCCAAUCAACAUGAUGCCAUGGCAAGGUGAUACCAGUAACAUGAUUGACAGAUUUGAUGUGAGAGCUCAUCUGGACUACAUCCCAGUUUACAAUCCUUCAGAAGUUGAUGACCAAACACCAGAGCAAGAAAUGGAGGAGAGGAAGUGCAAUUAUGAAAGAUAUAGAGGUUUAGUGCAAAAUGACUUUGCUAACAUCUCCGAAGAGCAAUGUUUAUAUCAGAUUUAUUUGGAUGAACUCUAUGGAGGGCUACCCAAACCAAAUGAGGAUGAGAAGAAAAAACUCACAGAGAAGAAAGCAAGCAUUGGUUAUAUUUAUGAGGACAGCACUGUGACACAGCCUGAGCCUCAGCCAGACAAAGAGGAAGAUGACUCAGAAAAUAGUGAAUCAGAGGAAGAUGAGGGUAUACCUGAUAUAGAUGUAGAAGUAGAUGUUGACGAGUUGAAUGAAGAACAGCUGUUGGACCUCAAUAAAAUUGCAACUCCAUACGGUAUGGCUGAAGGAGACUUUGUCAGAAUGUUGAGGAAAGACAAGGAAGAGGUAGAGGCCAUUAAACAUGCCAAGGCCCUGGAAGCAGAAAAAGCAAUGUACUCUGGCCGACGUUCUCGCCGUCAAAGGAGAGAGUUCAGAGAAAAAAGGCUGAAAGGGAGACAAAUCAGUCCACCCAGGUGCUAUUCUUUUCUUUUUAGUUUGAUCAGCCAAAUCAAUUUUGGUAACUUUUUGUUUUCUUUUUUGUCAUUAGCUAUGCCAGAAGAGACAGUCCAACCUAUGAUCCUUACAAGCGACCAGAGUCUGAAUCUAGUUCAGAAUCACGAUCUCGGUCAAGGACCCCAGGACCUGAGAAAAUCACCUUCAUCACAAGCUUCGGAGGCAGUGAUGACGAAGCCCCAGUCGCAACUCUACCAGCUGCUCCACAGUCGGGCCAUAACGCCUCCAACUUGCAGCAUCCAGCAGGUCAUAGCAGGGGCUCCCGGUCGAAGACGGCGAUCAUCCUCCAGUCGCUCUCGUUCCUCCUCUGAUUCCUCAUCCAACUCAUCAUCUCGCUCUUCGUCACACUCGCGGAGGGGAAGAAGAGACCGUGGUCGAGACAGAAACCGCUCGCGCUCAUAUUCACGCUCAAGACGACGCUCCAAGUCCCACUCCCGGAGCAGAGGCUCCGGAUCAUGGAGAAGACGCGACAGGACGAGAUCUCGAUCCAAUGAUAGAGACAGAGAGCGAGACAGAGACAGGAGGCGAUACUCCUCACAUCGGCGCUCAAGAUCACGCUCUGACUCUAGACAGCGUGGUGCUUCAUACCGCGGAAGUCGCAGCAGCAGAGGAAACAGCCGAUCGGAGUCUCCCAGUCACCAGACCUAUAGCCCCUCUCCUCCUCACAGAGGGGUACAGCCGUCCGCCACUGCUGUCUCUGACAAGUUAAGAAAGCCUGAUACUGUGGGUGGUAAAGAGACGGGAGCUGCCAAAGUCAAAAUGACCCCACAGGAGCGGCUAAAGUUGCGUAUGCAGAAGGCGCUUAACAAGCAGUCUAAAGCUGACAAGAAAGCUGCUCAAGUCAAGAUCCAACAACAGGAACAUAAGCGGCAGGAACGUGAGGGAGAGCUUCGAGCCAUGGCACGGAAAAUACGAAUGAAAGAGCGAGAGCGCCGUGAGAGGGAGCGGGAUGAAUGGGAAAGACAGUAUGGCCGAGACAGCCAUUCGCCCUCCCCAUCAAAAUAUAGUCGAGAUCACAGCUCUCAUAGAAGAAGAUCUCGGUCUCGAUCGCGGAGUCCAUAUUAUCGACACUGAGGUGAACUUCAGUCCUCCAAGGACCCCAAGUGCUUUCUUAAUGCCGACUGGGACAUGGACUACUCCUGAUCUUCAUGAUGUUUGAAAUCUAAUUUGUACAUUUGUAAAUCCAACAUUAUUUUCAUCACCUCCUUAGACUGAAGGGCAAACAAUGCAUUGUUAUGUAUUUAAAACCCUGAUGAAACCAGCUCAAUUUAUUUUGCUGUUUAUUAUUUCAACAGGACUGUGAGCAAAUGCUUGAAUCAUCUAACACUGAGCGCAACCGGUUAUCUUAUUACUGAAUGCCUGUAUGUUUGACUGUGAGAAUAACUUCAUUAUGCGCUUUGCAUUGUUAACAUUCUUCUAUAAUAAUCAUUUGAGUUUGUGUGUUAGGCCAAGUAAUAUUCAAUGCUUCGAAUGAAAUAUGCAGUGCAAACGCUGCUUCAGAACAUGUAUUUCACAACAGAAGUUUGCAGUAGCAAUCUGCUUAUUCUGUACUCUACUUAAGGCUGUAAUAAACAUACUUUGAAUAUUA